AGAGAAGCUGAGGUCAGCCCAGAGCCUGACAACUCUCACUGAAGCUCGCUCUCUCCUCUACCAUGAAGGUCUCUGCCGUGUGCCUACUGCUCGCAGCUGCUGCCUGCAGCAUUCUUGUGCUGGCCCAACCAGAUGCAGUUAACUCCCCAGUCACCUGCUGCUACACAUUCAACAAGAGGAAGAUCCCAGAGAACAGGCUGGUGAGCUACAGGAGAAUCACCAGCAGCAAGUGUCCCAAAGAAGCUGUGAUCCUCACCACCAAGCAGAAAAAGGAGAUCUGUGCUGACCCCAAGCAGAACUGGGUCCAGGACUACAUUGCCAAACUGGAACAGAAAAGUCAACAGAACCCAACUCUAUCAGGACAUACAGCUAUACUUAAAAGAACAUCUACACUAGAAACUUCAGCACCGCUGAACACUAACUUAACCCAAGAAUCUGCAGCCAAUGUAUCUACCACAAGCCUUCCUUUAGUAACCUCAAACACUGCUACAGUAGCGACCGUAUGAAAGUGAACUAGUGUGACAUGGAAUGUAUCGCCUUAAAUAAUGUUAAUCUUAUUUAACUUAUUGAUGUCUUGAGUUCAUCUUCCAUGGAUAUUAGUAUUUCUUAGACUAGAUUUGGGACCAUUGCUUACCCUGUGUGGACCCAGAUUCUACAUUUUGAAUGUUAUGAGAGUCUUUGUAAAGAUGAGUAAAAAACUUUGUAUUUUAAAUUCCAAGGCAUUGUUUAAAAUAUUAUUAUGGAAAAGAAUAUUAUAUAAUUAUUGAGCAAUAUAUAUUUUUGU